AGACUAAAGACUAACCGCGUCAGCGCCUCUAUCGGCAACUAACUAUAUGUAACGCGACAUCUAACGUAUUACAAAAUGUAACCAAAAUUCUAUAAACCAUCGGCCUAAACAAUGGUACUGCUAAAUGUUUAUUGCAUGUCUGUUCUUUUAGUAAUUUAGUUUAUUGCAUUUCUGUUAUUUUAUCCAUGGUGAGGAUGAUGCCGGAAGACUCGUACACGGAUGUAUGCAGAAUGGUGGAAUUUAUAUAAAAGUUGGGCAAGGCUUGGCAGUAGUCAAUCACAUUUUACCAAAGGAAUAUAUCGAGACCUUGUCGGCAUUACAAGACAAGUGUUUAACCCAGAAGAAGAGCGAAGUGGACGAAAUAUUUUUGCAAGAAUGUGGCAAAAAACCCGAGGAAAUGUUACACGAGGUUGAGUCUGAGCCAGUUGCAGCUGCCAGUUUAGCUCAGGUGUACAAAGCUGUAACUCUGGAUGGAGAUAAAGUGGCGAUCAAAGUACAAUACAUGAAUCUCCAAGAUCGAUUCAUAUCUGAUUUGAAAGGGAUAGUUUACCUACUAAAAGCUAUUACAUAUGUGCACCCGAAGUUCGAUUUGCAUUGGAUAUUUGCGGAAAUUAUUGAUAGGUUACGCCUGGAGUUGGAUUUCGAAAUCGAAGGAAGAAAUUCAGAACAAUGCGCUAAAGAUCUAAAGAAAUUCAAGUAUGCAUAUGUGCCAAAAGUUUAUUGGAAUCUUAGUACUAAGGUUGUUUCUUUAUUUAGCCUAAUCGACAUAUGUGGCGGUGCUCCGUCAUGUUGGAACAACAUAUGUCUACGUUGUUCCAGCGGCACAUCUUCUAACAAUCCGGGCAAGUCAUUUUCUAGAAAUUCUACAUACAACUGACCUGUCAGUCGCGCGAGCAUUUCGAAUGGGCCGAUCUGAAAAAGUGAAAAGCUAAAUUCGCGAAACUUUGCUCAACUAUGCUCAACUUUGUUCAACUGAUGAAAGUGUUCUUACAAUUGCGU